AGCUGAACCAUAAUUGUUUUACCUGCAAGCUCGCCGAGUCAGACACGCAACCGCAAACCACUCCUCACGCCACCACCGAAAUCCUCGUCAACCACCGCCGUCAGCGGCAGGUGUUUCGAAUCAUCAUCUUGAUGCAAUAGGAAUCGACGCAUUCAGAGUAGAUAUAAAUUUGAUGGAUAACAACAAUAAUUGGAGGCCUAAUCAAGGCGCUGAACCCAAUAUGGAUACUAGUGAUUGGAGAGGUCUUCUGCAGCCUGAGUCACGCCAAAGAAUUGUCAACAAAAUAAUGGACACGUUAAAAAGACAUCUUCCUGUUUCUGGUCAAGAGGGAUUGCAAGAACUUCGGAAGAUUGCUCAAAGGUUUGAAGAGAAGAUUUUUACUGCUGCAACAAGCCAGUCUGAUUAUCUACGGAAAAUAUCUUUGAAGAUGCUUACGAUGGAGACUAAAUCCCAGGGCACUAUGGCCAACAAUAUCCAAUCGAAUCAAGUUGGUCCUAGCAGUAAACCUCCCGAUCCAGGACUUGUCAUGCAGCCUCAAGGGCAGCAACAUCCUAUUCCUGUGGCUAAUCAGCCCCAGUCACGCCAACAGCUUCUGUCUCAGAACAUUCAAAACAACAUUGCAUCUCAACCUAACUUACCUCCUGUAUCUAGUCUAGGCCAGACUCCCAUUCAGAAUGUUGGUCAGAAUUCCAACAUUCAGAACAUAGCUGGACAGAACUCAGUGGGGAGCACUAUUGGCCAGAAUUCCAACAUGCAAAAUAUUUUUACUGGUUCCCAGAGACAAAUGCAAGCAAGGCAGCAGGUUGUUUCCCAACAACAACAACAGCCACCACAGAAUCCCCAGCAGUAUCUGUACCAGCAACAACUUAUGAGGCAGAAGCUUCAGCAGCAGCAACAACAGCAACAACAACAGCAGCAACAGCAACAGCAACAGCAACAGCAACAGCAACAGCAACAGCAACAGCAGAACCUUCUACAAUCAAAUCAGUUGCAGUCUUCUCAGCAAUCUGUUAUGCAGCAGCCUUCCAUUAUUCAAACAUCUUCUCUAUCUAGUGUUCAGCACAAUCAGCAAUCAAAUAAUGUUCAACAGUCAACACAGUCCAUGCUUCAACAACACCCGCAAGUUAUCAGGCAACAACAGACUUCUAUGAUUCAUCAGCAACAAACACCAAUGAAUCAACAGUCAAUAUUGCCUCCCCAACAGCAGCAGCAGCAACAACAGCUUAUGGGGCCGCAGGCAAAUGCAACAAACAUCCAACAUACGCAGAUGCUUGGGUCACAAAAUAAUGUUGGUGAUUUGCAGCAACCACAGAGGUUACUUGCGCAGCAGAAUAAUCUUUCAAAUCUGCAGCAGCAGCAGCAGCAGUUAAUAAAUCAGCAAAAUAACCUAUCAAAUAUACAUCAACAGUUGGGGAAUAAUGUCCCCGGGUUACAGCCACAGCAGGUCCUUGGAUCUCAAUCUGGCAACUCGGGCAUGCAGACAAGCCAGCACUCUGCACACGUGCUACAACAAUCGAAGCCGCAGCAACCACAGCAAAAUGCAUCAAAUUUGUUACAAUCUCAAAUGCAGCAGUCACAGCCACAGGCUCCACAGCAGCAAUUGAUGCCACAGAUUCAAUCUCAACCUGCGCAAUUGCAACAGCAAUUGGGUUUACAACAGCAGCCAAAUCCAUUGCAACGAGAUAUGCAGCAAAGGCUUCAGGCAUCAGGUUCCUUACUUCAACAACAAAGUGUUCUAGAUCAACAAAAGCAGUUAUAUCAGUCACAAAGACCCCUUCCAGAAACUUCAUCAACUUCUAUGGAUUCUACGGCACAGACUGGACAGCCGAAUGGGGGUGAUUGGCAAGAAGAAGUGUAUCAAAAGAUCAAAACCAUGAAAGAAAAUUACCUGCCUGAGUUGAAUGAGAUGUACCAGAAAAUUGCUACUAAACUUCAGCAGCACGAUUCCCUUGCCCAACAAUCAAAGUCAGAUCAGCUUGAAAAGCUUAAGGUAUUUAAAAUGAUGUUGGAGCGGAUUAUAUCAUUCCUCCAGGUGUCCAAGAGCAACAUAGCACCUAGUUUCAAGGAAAAACUGGGUUCAUACGAGAAGCAGAUUAUAAAUUUCAUAAAUACAAAUAGACCUAGAAAAGGCAUGUCUUCACUGCAGCAUCCAGGAAAUCUUCCCCCACAUCAUAUGCAUUCCAUGUCACAGUCACAACCCCAAGUUACUCAAGUUCAGUCUCUUGAAAAUCAAAUGAACUCUCAGAUGCAAACAACAAAUAUGCAAGGUUCUGUAGCAACGAUGCAGCAGAAUAAUAUGACAAGCAUGCAGCAUUCUCUGUCUGGUGUAUCUACAUCGCAGCAGAGUAUGAUGAAUUCAAUGCAGCCCAGUACCAAUUUAGAUUCAGGACAAGGAAAUGCUAUGAACUCCCUGCAACAGGUUCCAGCGAGCUCCCUUCAACAAAACCCUGUUACUGCUCCUCAACAAACUAAUGUUAACUCCUUAUCUUCACAAGGUGGGGUUAAUUUGAUCCAACCAAAUCUUAAUCCCCUUCAGCCAGGUUCUGGUAUGCUUCAACACCAGCAACUAAAACAACAACAGGAACAACAGAUGUUGCAGAGUCAACAAUUCAAACAACAAUAUCAGCGACAAUUAAUGCAGAGGCAGCAGAUGCUACAGCAACAGCAGCAGCAGCAACAACAGCAGCAGCAGCAGUUACACCAGACAACAAAGCAACAGUUGCCUGCACAAUUGCAGACACAUCAAAUGCAACAGCUUCACCAAAUGAAUGAUGUAAAGGACAUAAAUAUGAGGCAAGGAAUUGGUGUUAAGCCAGGGGUCUUCCAGCAACAUCUUGCUUCCAGUCAACGCUCAGCUUAUCCCCAUCAACAAUUGAAACAAGGGAGUCCUUUUCCGGUUUCUUCACCCCAACUCCUCCAGGCAACAUCUCCUCAGAUUCCACAACAUUCGUCGCCCCAGGUUGACCAGCAAAAUCACCACCCAUCUCUCACAAAAGUUGCUACUCCUUCUGCUAACUCACCAUUUGGACUCCCCACUCCUUCACCUCCCUUGGCUCCAUCUCCUAUGCCAGGAGAUUCUGAAAAGCCUAUUUCUGGUGUUUCAUCAAUGACACAUGCUGCAAAUAUUGGACAUCAACAAACAGGGAGUGCAGCCGCAGCUGCUCAAUCCCUUGCCAUUGGAACUCCUGGAAUAUCUGCCUCUCCUCUACUGGCAGAGUUCAGUGGUCCAGAUGGUGUUCAUGGUAAUUCUUUUCCACCAACAUCAGGAAAGUCAACUGUUUCUGAGCAGCCUCUUGAGCGCCUAAUUAAAGCGGUGAAAUCAUUGACACCUAACGCAUUAAGUGCUGCUGUCAGUGAUAUUGGUUCAGUUGUCAGCAUGAACGAUAGGAUAGCAGGAUCGGCUCCUGGUAAUGGAUCCAGAGCCGCUGUUGGUGAAGAUUUGGUUGCCAUGACCAAUUGUCGCCUUCAGGCUAGGAAUUUUGUCAACCAAGAUGGUGCCAAUGGAACCAGGAGGAUGAAACGCUGCACCAAUGCUACACCCUUGAAUGUUGUAUCAUCUGCUGGUAGCAUGAACGACAGUAUCAGGCAGUUAGAAGCUUCUGAUUUGGAGUCAACUGCAACAUCUAGUAUCAAGAAGCCUAGGAUUCAGGCUAAUCAUGCCCUUUUGGAAGAAAUUAGGGAGGUUAAUCAGCGACUUAUCGACACAGUAGUUGACAUAAGUGAUGAAGAAGUUGAUCCAACUGCAGCUGCUGCUGCUGCUGAAGGUGCAGAAGGGACCAUUGUCAAAUGUUCUUACUGUGCUGUGGCUCUCAGUCCAAGCCUAAAAUCCCAAUAUGCGUCAGCACAGAUGUCACCAAUUCAACCCCUGCGCAUGCUUGUCCCUACAAAUUAUCCUACCUGUUCCCCCAUAUUCCUUGACAAGUUUCCAGUUGAAUCCAGUAUGGAGAACGAAGAUCUUUCGGCGAAAGCAAAGUCCAAGUUCAGCAUAUCCCUGCGAAGUUUAUCACAACCUAUGUCCCUUGGGGCGAUAGCAAGGACUUGGGAUGUUUGUGCUCGCACUGUUAUUUCUGAGUAUGCACAGCAGAGCGGCGGAGGGACUUUCAGCUCUAAGUAUGGGACUUGGGAGGAUUGCUUGGCCAUAUGAUCAUCACUACUUGCUUUCCAUGUCAACCUUUUUUUUCGUUUUUUUGUGUAAAUUUUUCAAUAGCUUCUGUUAAUUAUUGGGUGUUCAGUUUAGGGUUGUAGAUGGAAACAUUUUAAGUGCUUGCAUGAUGCAAGUUGUCCUAUUUUAUGCACUUGUCUAGUGCAUAGUUGCGAUAUGUGCUAUUGCCUAAGACAAUCUGUGUAGUUUAUUUGGUGUUUAAAUCUGAUUGCCCUUUCUCAA